CUGCCACACCUCGUUUUAAUGACUGAGUUAAGAUGUUGUAGGUACUUUCUCAUAUGAGGAUCAUAUUUUGAACUGCAAAGGAUUCAAUAAAAAAAAAUAGAUACCUCAACGAGUACAAAGCGGUACAAAAUGUGUGAUUGAGGGUACGGAACGUUUCACAACUUUGAAUCAUGAGUGAUGAGCGUGAUAAUUGAGUUGCCUCUUGAAAAAUGUGCGCAUCACUAUUUUAUUGAUACCUCGAUCAAAACAUAACCUUUUUUUUUUUGUUUCUUAAAUAAUAAUUCGGCUCAAAUCGCCUAUAUAACGUUAAUACAACUUUUAACUUAUAUUAAGUGUUUUAUAUAUAUUUAACAAUGAGAUACGCACAGUUUGUUGUAGGCCCAGCUGGCAGUGGAAAGUCAACAUACUGCUCAACAAUGGUAAAACAUGCCACAGACACAAAACGCAUUAUAGAAGUGGUUAACCUAGAUCCAGCUGCAGAGCAUUUUGAUUAUGAACCCCUAGUAGACAUCAGAGAGUUGAUUCACUUGGAUGAUGCCAUGGAAGAUGAAGAGCUACAGUUUGGACCAAACGGAGGACUUGUGUUUUGUUUAGAAACUUUACUAGAAAACUGUGACUGGCUUGAAGAGCAACUAGGUGAUGUGGACGAUGACUAUAUCCUGUUUGACUGUCCAGGUCAAAUAGAGUUGUACACCCACUUACCAGUCAUCAGAAAGCUAGUAGACACUUUGCAAAAGUGGAACUUCAGGAUAUGUGUUGUCUUCAUGAUUGAUUCACAGUUCAUGGUAGAUGGAGCCAAGUUUUUAUCAGGAACAAUGGCUGCCCUUAGUGUAAUGGUGAACCUGGAACUACCACAUGUAAAUAUUUUAACUAAGAUGGACCUGCUUAGUAAAUCAGCACGGAAACAGCUUGAUAACUACCUAGAUCCAGACCCUCAUAUUUUGUUAGCCGACAUGAGAAACGCAAAAUCAAAAUGGCACGAGAAAUACGCGAGGUUGACUGAAGCUAUCGGUGAAGUUAUAGAGAAUUUCAGUUUAGUUAGGUUUUAUCCACUCAACAUAAAGGAUGAAGAAAGCAUUGAUAACAUACUACUAACAAUAGACAAUAUCAUCCAGUAUGGCGAGGAUGCGGACGUUAAAAUAAGAGAUUUCGAUGAGCCUGAACCAGAUGAAACAGAUGAAAAUGAUUUAAAUUAAAAAAAAAUACAUGAUA